AUGAGCUCGUCUGGCACGGCCUAUACACAAGGCCAUAGCGCUGCUGUCGUGGCAUCACAUUUAUCACGAACAGUGCAGAACUCGGCUGCCUUUCUGGUUCCGCACAUUCAGCCGCAUUUCACCAUCCUUGAUCUUGGUUGUGGUCCGGGGACAAUUACACGCGGGUUCUGUGCACUGGUUCCACAAGGACGUGUCACUGGGAUCGACGCCGCGGAGAAGGUCAUCGAACAGGCCCGCUCAUUAACGCCAGGCACAGAAACGGAGUACAAGAAUCUAACGUUCCAAGUCGGCGAUAUCACAAAUGGCUUGUCUUUUGCUGAUGACUCUGUCGAUGUCGUCUACACGCAUCAGACGCUCUGCCAUAUUCCGGAUCCGGUGAUCGUGAUCAAGGAGGCCCAUCGCGUGCUUAAGCCAGGCGGCAUGCUAGCUAUGCGCGAGUUUGAUGGGAUGUCGUGGUAUCCUUCCAGCGAGGGGUUGGAGCGAUUCAACGCUCUAACGGCCGCCUCGGUGAAACCGACAGGGGCGCAGGGUUUCGAGUCCGGGCGUCGGCUUCAUGUCUGGGCAAAAGCAGCCGGAUUUGAGCGGACGAAGAUGUCCAUAGGCGCGGGAGCCAUGUGCUAUACGGCCCCGGACGAGGCGAAGUGGUGGGCAGACGUGCAUGUAGGUCGGCUUUCGGGGGAGAUUGGCGAGAAAUGGUUGAAAUGGGGUAUUCUGAGGAAUCAGGAGGAGCUGGAGAGCUUGAAGGCUGCGAUGAGGGCAUGGGGAAACAGCGAAGAUGCAUGGUUCGCUGGGUGGCAGGGUGAGGUGAUUUGUUGGAAAUGA